UCAGAGAUUUGAAAAAUAAAAAUAAUACAAAAGAAUCCUAACAGUAAAACUGUAAUCUCAAAUCCCCAAAUCAUGGUUUCAUCAUCCAAUCUCUUCUAGGACUUGGUCUCCGCCAACAUUUUCCUCAACUUUCUCUUUUAUGAUUCCGUCUUCCUUAUAUCAACAUUUGCACGAACUCACUCCACCCUUAUUUUGUCUCUUCCAGUUUCAUUCGCACAUGUUGAUUCAAAGCUUCAGUGUUUGAUCUCCCAAGAAUUUCAACAAUGGAGUUCCAGGAAGCUUUGAUGAAGAUGGCGAUUCAUAAAUCACCAACUCAUCAUAGACAUUUUUUCCAUUCUGUUCCAGGGAAAGAGGCGGAGAGAGUUGCAUCAACGAAGCCAAAAUGGAAGAUUUUGUUCCGAAGAUCAACGUCUGCAAGCGUUUCCGGGACAUGUCAACAAUCUCAUCAUCGAGUUCAGCCAAAGUUGAUCCCUGAAGAAUUUUCUUGCCCCAUUUCAGGGUCUUUAAUGGCUGACCCUGUUAUAGUUUCCUCGGGUCACACUUUCGAAAGAGUUUGUGUUGAAGCCUGUAAAAACAUGGACUUUGCACCAACCCUCAACGACGGUUCCGUCCCUGAUUUCUCCACUGUUAUCCCUAACCUUGCUCUCAAAUCCACCAUUGAUAAUUGGUGUCAGAAUCGUUCUUUAAACCCUCCAAAACCCCUUGAGUUUUCCAGGGCUCAGGAACUUGUUCGUACAUUAUCGUCCAGAAACCCAAAAACCCACACCGGAGAAGAAGAAGAAAGGAUAUAUGUUUCAGGGAGAAAUCUGAUCCAAGGUGUCAAAGAUGUUCCUUCAGUGAAGUUGGAUCAUGCAGUCACUGAGCUAAAUCGUUCCAGCUCCGAUGAAUCGGUUGCCGCUGCCGCCGUUACGACUCCGAUCAAUGUCGUAACACCGCCAUUGCAACUCACGGAUCGUCCGAGUUGUUAUUCAUCCGCUUCAUCCUCCUCUGAAAUCGAAACCUUAACGACCCCUAACAUCAACGAAGAAGAAGAAUCGUUUCUCACGAAACUAAAAAGCUCACAAGCUUUCGACGUCGAAGGAGCAUUGAUUGAAUUAAGGAAGAUAACAAGAACACAAGAGAGUUCCAGGGCUGUUUUUUGCACGCCACGUGUACUAUCAGCUUUCAGGUCUUUGAUCGUUUCCAGGUACGUGAACAUUCAAGUGAACUCAGUUGCAGUGUUGGUGAACUUGUCGUUGGAAAAGAUCAACAAGGUUAAGAUCGUACCAGGAUUGGUUCCCGUUUUGAUCAAUGUGUUGAAAUCGGGAUCCCGUGAGGCGCAGGAGCAUGCUUGCGGUGCACUCUUUAGCUUAGCCCUUGAUGAUAAUAACAAAACCGCCAUCGGAGUUUUGGGAGCUCUGCAACCAUUGAUGCACAUGCUGAAAACAGGGACUGAGCGGACUCGGCAUGACUCGGCCUUGGCGCUUUACCAUCUCUCACUCGUUCAGAGCAAUCGGAGUAAAUUGGUUAAGAACGGGUCGGUUCUUGUUUUGUUGAGUAUGGUUAAAUCGGGUCAUAUGACGGAUCAGGUGUUCCUUAUAUUGUGUAACUUGACUUCGGGUUCGGACGGUCGGGCGGCAAUGUUGGAUUCGGGUGCGGUGGAGUGUUUGACGAGUUUGUUGAGGAGAAAUGAGUUGUUUGACUCAACUCGGCAAGGUUGUGUGGCGGUUUUGUAUGGACUGAGUCAGGCGGGGUUGAGGUUUAAGGGGUUGGCGAAGGUGGCCAGUGCGGUGGAGGAGUUGGCAAAGGUGGAGAGGACGACGAGUGGGCCGACAAGGGAGAAAGUAAGGAGGAUAUUGGAGAUGUUGAAACGGGGGAGUGAGGAGGAGCAAGAGGAAGUGGACUGGGAAGCGUUGCUUGACUCGGGGUCAAUGACUCGAACUCGGUUGCGACUCGGUGAUGGAAAGACGGGUCAUGAAUGAACUCAUCCGAGUUUUGAGCUUUUUUUUUUUAAUU